AUGGGUCUGAAAGCCUUCCUCAAGAAAGAACAAAAGACGUCCUCGAACGGCGAUGUCGCCUCCGACUACCCCCCUUCGGAGAAGGACAUGGAGGCAUAUGGACACAACACCGACAUCACAACAGGCUGGACGGGCGACGGCCAUGCAGGCGCAUCCGAAUACCCCAACGCUUCUGGCGAAAACUAUCGCACUCUGGGUCGAUGGCGAGCAUGCGUCAUCCUGAUCACCAUCGAAGUCGGAAUUGGCAUCCUGAGUCUGCCUCAAGCCCUUCAAACCCUCGGACUCAUACCCGGUAUCAUCGCCAUCUUGGGAUUCGGUGGACUCACAACCUAUUGCGGCUAUAUUCUGCUUCAGUUCCACAGAAUGUUCCCCAUGACCACCAAUCUCGUCGACUGCGCUCUCUAUGUCGGCGGAAAACCGUUUGAGUACUUUCUCGGUGUUGCCUUCAUCUUCAACCUGGUACUCAUUUGUGCUUCGGCCAAUAUCACCCUGUCGGUCGCUCUCAACACGCUCUCCAACCACGCUCUCUGCACUGUGGCUUUCAUGGCUUUCCCGCACAUUCUGUGUUGGCUUCUCUGCAUCCCACGCAAGCUCACAUUCGCCGCCGCUGCCAGUUGGGUAUGCACGAUAUCCAUUGUGGCUGCGGUCAUGAUUGUCAUGAUUGCCCUGGGCGUCUCCGGACCACAAGCUCCCUCCGACUUCAAAGUCUCGAUAAUUCUGGUCGGAAAGCCUACUUUUGUUCAGACCGUCAACGCACUCUUAAACAUUGCGUUUGCAUUUGCGGGGAACCAAAGCUUCAUCAGCGUCAUGGCUGAGAUGAGAGACGCCUCCAGGGACUUUCCCCCAGCACUUUACAUGCAAAAGGGAUUCGAAGUAGUCAUCUACAUAGUGGUUGCAUGUGUCAUCUACGGCUUGGCUGGCGAUGCUACUACAUCACCUGCUCUUGGCUCCGCCCCCAAGCUUACAGCUAAGAUUGCCUAUGGCAUUCUGAUUCCCUCGGUUCUGGGUACAGGUCUUGUCAUUGGAAUUACGGCCAUCAAGUACAUGUAUAUCACCAUUAUGCGAAUCGCAAAGCCCGAACAGGUGAAUGUGCACAACACGUUCACAUGGUCCCUCUGGAUUGGCAUUGGUACGCUUUUCUGGGCUGUAUCUUUUGUCAUCUCCAACGCGGUGCCAAUCUUCUCGUCCAUCCUCAACAUUUCGUCGGCCAUUUUUGUGUCAUGGUUCACCUUUGGUCUCACCAGCAUUUUCUGGUUACACAUGAACUGGAAGGUACAAUGGAGUACCCCAUGGAAGAAGUUCUUGGCCAUUCUAAACUACGCCAUCAUGCUCAUGACGAUUUUCCUCAUGAUUGGUGGCUUAUACACCUCUCUCAAGGCUCUUAUCGAGAUCUACAAUGAUCCCAACAGUAACCUGAGCGGACCGUUUACAUGCUCAGAUAACAGCAUAUUUUAG